CUUCUUCAAUUCAUGUUGCAUUGCAAACUCACAUUUCCGUAAGAGAGUUCACACUAAAACACAGAAAGAGAGAUGGAGUUUUCCGACAAGACGGCGGAGAGCACGGUGGUCGGAAACUACGUGGAAAUGGAGGCCGAGGGGAAGCUCUCAACCAUGAAAUCAAGAAUCUCGAAGCUCUUCUGGCACGGCGGCUCCGCCUACGACGCUUGGUUCAGCUGCGCUUCCAACCAGGUGGCUCAAGUGCUGCUGACGUUGCCGUAUUCAUUCUCGCAGCUGGGGAUGACGUCAGGGAUUUUGUUCCAGCUGUUUUAUGGAUUGCUUGGGAGCUGGACUGCAUAUCUCAUUAGCAUUCUCUAUGUUGAGUAUAGGACUAGAAAGGAGAGGGAGAAGGUGGUUUUUAGGAACCAUGUUAUUCAGUGGUUUGAAGUUCUUGAUGGGCUUCUUGGGAAGCACUGGAGGAAUGUGGGCUUGGCAUUUAACUGCACCUUCCUCUUAUUUGGAUCUGUGAUUCAACUCAUUGCUUGUGCUAGCAAUAUCUACUACAUAAAUGACAAUUUGGACAAGAGGACAUGGACAUACAUCUUUGGGGCAUGUUGUGCAACAACUGUUUUCAUCCCAUCUUUCCACAACUAUAGGAUUUGGUCAUUUCUUGGCCUAAUCAUGACCACUUACACAGCUUGGUACCUCACCAUUGCAUCUCUACUUCAUGGCCAGGUCGAGGGCGUUACGCACUCGGGUCCAACCAAGAUGGUGUUGUAUUUCACUGGAGCCACAAACAUUCUAUACACAUUUGGGGGACAUGCUGUGACUGUAGAAAUCAUGCACGCAAUGUGGAAGCCACAGAAAUUCAAGGCCAUUUAUCUCUUAGCAACACUAUAUGUGUUGACUCUGACCCUCCCCUCUGCAUCAGCUGUGUAUUGGGCUUUUGGGGAUUUGCUGCUGAAUCAUUCCAAUGCUUUCUCUCUCCUCCCAAGAUCUCCAUUCAAGGACAUGGCAGUAAUCUUGAUGCUAAUCCACCAGUUUAUAACAUUCGGAUUUGCUUGCACCCCGCUGUAUUUCGUGUGGGAGAAGGCCAUAGGGUUGCACGAGUGCAAGAGCUUGUGCAAGAGGGCGAUGGCGCGGCUGCCAGUGGUGAUCCCGAUCUGGUUCUUGGCCAUCAUCUUCCCGUUCUUCGGCCCCAUCAACUCCACCGUCGGAUCGCUCCUCGUUAGCUUUACCGUCUACAUUAUCCCGGCCCUGGCUCACAUUUUCACCUUCAGAUCAGCCGCAGCACGAGAGAAUGCGGUGGAGCAGCCUUCGAAGUACUUUGGGAGAUGGGUGGGUGCGUAUUUGAUCAACAUAUUUGUGGUAGUGUGGGUUCUAAUUGUUGGAUUUGGGUUUGGUGGAUGGGCUAGUAUGACUAAUUUCAUUAACCAAAUCGACACAUUUGGGCUUUUCACCAAAUGCUACCAAUGCCUACCUCAGCCGCCUCCAAUGCCACCUCUCAGGGCUAACACUACCCAUCACCACGCCCUUUGAGUCAAUUCAGUAAAUGAACGAUGAAACAAUUUUGUGCCGUUCUCUGAGAAAAAAAAGUGUGUAAUUUUAGUGUGGAGAGCUUUCUUUUGGUUGUACCUUUCAAGAAGAGUCCAGAAUGUUCAAGCCAAAACUAUGGCAUUAUUGGUGAAUUAA